CACAGUCGUGUUAUACUAUUUAUUUCGUGAGCUCCGUGGGGAUUUCCGCAACAGGAAGAAAAAAAUCCGAACCACUAAGGGGAACGUGCGUUCACCUUUCUACUACCGUUUUUAUAUAUUUAUUUAUGUAACGUUUUAUAUUUGAUAAAUUCAUAGAUAUUCAUGCAGAACUAUUAUUAUACGUGAUAGUGUUAUCGGUUCUCGACGUAGAUUUAUUACGGAAAAAUUCGUUUUCGUUUUAGGUAGUUGUGGCAUUCAAUGGGGACCAAAGUUUAGGCGGUCCACAUGCCUUUUCUCCUUGAGAUUGUAUUUAAAAAAUCUGGAAUUGAUGGGGUGCUGCUCAAGACAACGGUUUUAUAUCGAUAAUCACAGCCUAAGUCUUUUAUUUCCGUAUACGAGUACCUUAGAAAAACUAAUUGUGUCCAGGAUUGACCCCGUAAUCCAAGGAUCAAAUAUUCAGUUCUCUUAUUCUCAGAAUCGAAGUUUUCACUUUGCUCCAGCAUGGAGGGGUCAGGAGCCUUCGUCGAAAGUGGAGGAGACUGUCAAGAGUCUCAAAGAAGAGAAGGAGGAGAAGGAGAAAAUGACAGUUGCAGUGGCCAGCGACGUUACCAAGAUACCUGAUAAGGCUGCUGCUCAAAAGAGAACUUUAUGGCAAAAAAUAAAGGCUGAAAUGCUUCAUUAUUAUCAUGGAUUCCGGUUGCUGGGGCUCGAUAUGAAAAUAUCAGCGAAACUCAUUUACAGGGUGCUCAAGGGAAAGGAAUUAACAAGAAGAGAACAUCGAUUGCUCGUCAAAACGACUGGUGACAUGUUUCGACUCAUUCCUUUCUCAGUUUUCAUCAUCGUUCCCUUUAUGGAGUUUCUCCUACCAGUGGCAAUCAAAUUUUUCCCUGGUAUGUUGCCAUCAACCUUCCAGACUGCAACAGAGAAAGAAGACAAGCUAAAGCAAGCUUUGAAGGUAAAAAUAGAGAUGGCAAAGUUUCUCCAAAAGACGCUGGACGAGAUGGCAGUGCAGUCACCAAAUCACAAGUCCGAGAAAGCGAAAGAGUUCUCUGAAUUCUUCUACAAACUUCGUUCGACUGGCGCUACAGCCUCCAACGAGGAGAUAAUGAAGUUCUCGAAACUUUUUGAGGACGAAAUCACUCUAGACUCCCUCUCGCGUCCUCAACUAAUCGCCCUGUGUCGAGUUCUAGACGUACAGACCCUGGGCACAACUAACUUUCUGCGUUACCUCCUGAGAAUGAGACUCAGAAGUCUCGCAGCAGAUGAUAGAUUAAUCGAGAAGGAAGGCGUUGAGACACUGACACGAGCGGAACUCCAGCAAGCUUGCCGAGCACGAGGAAUGAGAGCCUAUGGAAUGCCGGAAAAUAAAUUGAGGGACCAAUUAUCCCAGUGGUUAGAUCUCAGUAUCCACAAGAAGGUUCCUCCUUCACUCCUACUGCUCUCUCGAGCUUUGAUGGUACCGGAGACAAUGCCAAUGUCUGAUAAACUCAAGGUCACUAUCUCCGCACUUCCUGAUGACGUUCUAGCAGCGACAAAAGGUGCAAUUGGUGAGAAAGAGGGUAAAGUUGACCACAGGACGAACAUUGAAAUUAUUAAGAUGGAAGAACGUAAAAUUGAGGAGGAACGUAAAGAGAAAAAAGAAACGAAAGAGCCUGAACCGGUCAUUACUGCGAGGGACGAGAAGAAGGAUGAAAUUACGACCAAGGAUGUUAAAGUGCUUGAGCAAGCCCUUGAUUCUAUUGGAAAAGAUAAGAAGCUUGUCAUAGAAAAAGAGGAGCUCAAGGAGCUUAAGGAAGAGAUGGCAGAGUACCAGGAAGAUAUCAAGGAGCUUGAUCAAAUGAAGGCAGAGGCCCAAGGGGAAAUUGAAGACCUUAAGGUCUCUAAGGGAGCUAAACGGCUGUUUAAUAAAGUUAAUAAGAUGAUUUUGAAGAUGGAUGAUGUGCUAAAGGAGUUGGAGAAGAGCGAGGAGCAGGUGAAAAAGAAGAUUGAGACUUUGAAACCUGAGGAGAAAGAGGGUUCUGAGGUAGUUGAGGAGCUGGUGAAGGUUGACGAGCUUAUAGCGGCUAUCAAACAAAUCCAGAGUGUUCCAGACGAAAACAGGUUGUCAAGGAUUUCCGAGAUUCUCGGGAAGAUUGAUGAUGACAGGGAUGGUACAAUCAAAAUUGAGGAUGUGCUGAAGGUGAUUGAGCUAAUUGGCAAAGAAGACGUCAAACUAAAUAAGAAGCAGCUGAACGAAAUCAUUGACCUAAUAGAUAAGGAAGAGGUCUUAGAAGUAGAGGAUCAGAUCUCCAAAGCCUUGAAGAAGGAAAGCAAAGACAAAUCCCCAGAAGAAGUUCAGCCCGAGAAAACCUCUCCAGUACCUUCAGCUCCUCCUACAAAAUCUGAAAAACCCCUGAAUGAAAACCUGAAUGAUGGAACCACUCCAAAGAUCCCAGUAAACUCAAUAGCUGAGGAAUUGCGAGAUCCAGCACCAGUUUUAAAGGAUCCUCUGGACUCUGAGUGCAUUCGAAGUUCCUCGCUAACCAGUGUACCACCUCCAAAGGCGAAAAAAACUGAAGGUUCCAAGCAGUUGUGAUUUGAACGUGUCCCUUAAUUGAAUUAAAAAUACCAACGCUUAGUCCAACAAUCUUUCUUUCUUUUUUUUCUCUUCUUACCAGAAUGAACUUCGCAAGAUUUUGGAAAUGGAGAUGAGCAAGUUAGAAAAACAAACUGAAAUGAAAUGAGAAUUUAAUUUCUUCUGCAGCGUCCAAUAUGUUCCAUUUAUUCGUGAAGAAAAUCAUGGUUGAGUGCAAGCAGUGAAGAAUUCAGAGAAUAUCAAUGAUAAUUAAUCAUACUUCAUGGAAGGGAAAUUAAUAUAUUUGAACCACUUAUGUGUUCAAGCACUGCGCGUAGGUGUCACAAGAGAAUAUUCAAUGUUAAUUUACGUGCUGAAAAGAGCAGGACACAGUAAAAAGAAGAGAAAGUAAUUUUUUCGCCAUUGAAAUACAGUGGGACAACGUGCUGGACACGACUAAAACGAGUCGAUUUUUCCUUUUACUUUUUUUCUUUUCGAUUUGGAUUAACUUCGAAACAAUACCAUUCCAUCUCUAAAAAACGGUAGAGAAGUGGUAAAUAAGAAGAGAUAAGUUCAGAACAAGUGGAUAUUUUAAAAGAUGUAUGUAAUAUUUUCCUGAGACAGAUAUUUAGAAAAAAACUUUGCAAGAGACAUUUUCCGUCGAGGAUUUUGUCGACUUCGAAACAAGUCUCUCGAUAUUUUUUCAUUGUCAAUUUAUUAUUACUAUUAUUAUUAUCAUUAUUUUUAAACUGCUAGUUUUCGGGGCAUUCGAGAGUUAAUGGGUAAGGAGUUUUGGACUUGUCUGCUUCUAUCACUUCGCUUCAGAGUCAACUUUAUUUUAUGUGGCAUUUUCGUGAUGAAAUGUUCUUUUUAAUAAUUAAUUCAAUUUAUACGAUUUACGAGGGAAGUAUGAAACAGGAGGAUUACAUGAAAACAACUGAAAUACACUGUUUAUUAAUAAUUGUUUCGAGUGUUGAGACGAGACACCGUGUACAAUUAUAGAAAUAAAAAUGAAAUAAUAUAAUGCUUGAUAAUUAUUAACGUUAGAUAAUAAA